AUGGAGGCAUACCCAUCAGACUUCACUGCGCACAACCUACCGUUCAUCGUCCUUUCAGGCCUAGCGACCAGCAAAGAGGCCGAUCCCCCUCCAUCGGUUCAGCAUGUGCUUCCUGGGCGCGCUGUCACAACUAUCAGCUCAGAUCUACCGCCAGCAGAAGGUGACCGGGCAAAUGAACUGCUCCAAGAGUUUCUGAGUGCAGACGGCACGAAUGCGCCGUGGAAUGGUCGCGACUUCAGUCGCCGAGGCAUCACGCAUGGCUUCAGAAUACGGAGUGUAGGAAGGAACUUCCAACUGCCCCCGAAAAAGGCAGAUGCGCCCUCAAACUCCGAGACAACCCCUCCAGGCAGUCCCACCAUCGCAGCCGCAACGUCCUGGGUCCUGCAUUCGCCCAUAUCUCCCCUCUCUCCAGCGUCGCCCUCCUUCCCCGACGGCGUCAUCGCUCCUGCCUGGGUCGCCAAGCACCAGCACUACGUCCCUUCCGUAUUCGUCUCCUUCUUCAACUUCACCACAGACCCCAUCACGAACAGCUUGCACGAUAAUCAGCUGAAGACGGACAUCAACAAGAUCAAGAGCCAGAUACAAAAGUCAGACUACCGAACUAGAUACGUUGUGGUAUUGCUGAGUGACAAGACUAUAAUCGAGGCACCGGACAUUGAAGAGCGACUGGCGACGAUACGGCGGGCUACAGGCUUGGAUCCAAAGAAUUCACUUUUCUUUCUGCCUCCAAGGACAUCCAAGGUCGAGCUGCAGGCAUUCGUCACUUCAAUCCUGGCCAUAUUACAGCCCGUCUGUGUCGAGUAUUACCGGGACCUCACAAAACAUGCGCGGAGGAAGAAGGGACGAGGCACAAUUCCCCCUCCCACAGCUCCGCCAACGCGUGGCACCUCCCAAACGCUGUCGUAUCCUGGGUGGGGUGUUCGCUAUGACUUCAAGCUUGGUAUCCUUGCCGAGUUUCGCCAGGAGAUGGAUGCUGCACAGCGACACUACGGGGCUGCUUUGGAGGCAUUGUUUGGUGCCGAGGGCCUGUUUGAAACAACGGCAAGCUGGUCUCCAAGAUGGGACGAGAUACGAUUGCUAGCAGAUAUCAUCGCACUACGACACAUUCGAUGUCAACUAUGGAACAAUUUCCCUACUUCCGCGGUCCAGUCUUGGUUACGAUACAAGUGGAGAUUACAAGACGUGCUCGAUCGCCGGGGCAAGGGUACUAACAACUAUGGGUGGCAGGCUUGGGAAUCUACAUGGGCCCAAGUGAUGGCUGAGACGGUACGACGAACAGAAUUGCCAGUCUUCAAGAUACGAGAUCCUGUCCCGGACACAGAUCCCUUGCCAGACAUCCCAAACUCGCUAUACUCUCAGCCCGAGAAACAGUUCCCAGUAGGAGAAAGACUACCACCAUGGGAACUGUUACAUCAUGCCGGAUAUUGGCACAAGAUUGCCAGUGACCACGCAAAGAGGCGCUACAUUCUUGCCAGAGAGAUGCCAGAGGAAGACCGAACACCACCAGGCAUGUCUCCAGCCGCCAAGGUGUCGGCUCGGAAUCAGAUUUAUGAUCACUACCUCGUUCCGCAACCUCACGAGGAGUAUCCUAUACCUGGCAUCGGCAACGGAUUCGAGCACUGGAAAGACAUCUCAUCCAAGCUUAAUGCCGCGAUAGCUGAGUUUAGAGCUCGGGGACAACACCGGAAAGUAGAUCAGUUGCAACUCGAGGUGGCUCGAACAUUGCUACACGUGAAAAGAUUUGACGAUGCUUUCAAAGUACUGCGAUCACUCUGGGAAACGAUGGCAUGGCGGAAAGAAGGAUGGUGGAGCUUAGCUUCGGAGGUAGUAUGGACUCUGCAUGAGUGCGCACUGCGAGUACAGAGCCGAGAAUCAUAUGUUGCAACGGAGUGGGAGCUGUAUAGUCAAACGAUCCCUGGCAAGACAAAAUACAAGUACGACUUGAUGACAUGUUUGGACGUCUUCUCGGAUGCGACUGCCGAGAAGGUGAGCGUGAGUCUAAAUGCCAAAGACCACAUAUCCUGCUUGUCGACGUCCUUCGCCUUUGCCGAAGCCGAAGGUAAUGUUGGCGAACCCCUUCAUGCACAACUCGCUAUCAGCUCCAAUGCUCGACCAGGCUCCGCCCCAAUCACGCUGUCUUUUCUCCAGUACCAGUUCAAUGGUGGUUUGGCUGAAGUCCGCUUGAAUCACAACGCCGACGAACCCUCCGGAAGUACCUCAAUCAUGUACACCUGUACAUUAGAAGAGACGCACUCCGCUACCGGAAAACCACGCUGGGCCGGAACAGCUGAUCUCACGCUCCACCCGGGGCAGACCAAAGUGUACAGUCUCCCACUCAUUCUGCGCGAGUCUGGGGAUGUCGAUGUCGUCGCAUGCGUCUUCGGCGUCAGCACGGAAAAGUUUGAUCUCGUUUGCUCAGACACAGACCCAGAGACUCCAACUCAUCCAGUUUGGUGGAUCAAGUCAGACACAAAGAUCAAAUCAAGAUCAUUGAAGCAUGGAUCUGGUAUGUCGGUGCACAUACUACCGAAGCCGCCAAAGAUGGAAAUCAACCUACCGGACGUUCGCAACCAGUACUACACAGAUGAGUCCGUGACGCUGGCAAUAGAGAUUAUGAACCAAGAAGAAGAGGACACUGAAGCUGUCCUUGAGGUGCGAUUACUGGGCCGCUCCAAAGAUACGCUGAGCUACACCUGGGUCGAGCGUCCGGCAGAGUCACCCAUGAAGGAAGUUCCGCCAGCACUUGACGGGUCAACGGAUGUAGACCUCCCAGGCCAUGUAGUAGGGAAGCUGGCCCAAGGUGCAAGAACAACAGAGAGAAUCCGCUUCACUGCACCCGCAGAUCCAGCAGACUACGCCUUGGAAGUCAAGGUACUAUACCACCUCCUCAGCGACCGCGACAUACCCAUCUCCAAGAUCAUGGUCGCCGAUCUCGUCUUCAACGCACCCUUCGAAGCGAGCUACGACCUCAUGGCACGUGUGCACCCCGACCCAUGGCCCAGCUACUUCGAGCUCCAAGAGGCCGAAAGCAACGUCAACCCCGAAUCACCCGAUGCAUUCGGCAUAGCACAGAAAUGGGGCCUACGAGCCAAAGUCGCAUCCUUCGCCGACGAACAGCUCGUCGUCAGCGACCUAGCCGUCCAAGUCCACAGCAUCCACGGCGGGGCAACAUGUGACGUCACCAAAGAAUUCACCAUUGCAGAAACCCCCAUGGAACCCCAGGUCCUGAGCGAAUGGGGCUUCAGCCUGGAUAUCCGGAAGAACAACCUGGAAGAACGACGUUCCACCGCCCUCGACACAACUCUCAACAUAACAUGGAAGCGCACCUCCGACCCCAACGCUUCCCCAGUAACAUCCUCCCUCCCCAUCCCCCGCAUCCAAAUCCCCUCCUCCGAACCCCGCGUCCUGGCUUCCCACCACCUCUCCCCCACGACCCCUUCUCUCAUCCACCUCGACUACGUCCUCGAGAACCCCACCAUGCAUUUCCUCACUUUCGAGCUCGCCAUGGAAGCCAGCGAGGAUUUUGGUUUCAGUGGACCUAAACUACGGACGUUGCAUCUGCUGCCUAUGAGUCGGCAGACGGUCAGGUAUAAUCUGCUGUCGAAUGUAGAGGGGGAUUGGAUUAUGCCGAAUCUGAAGGUUACGGAUCGGUACUUUAAUAAGACGUUGAAGGUGCAGGGGACGGAGGGGAUGAGGGUGGAUAAGAAGGGCGUGGGGAUUUGGGUGCCGGCUGAUGAUGGAGAGGCGGAGCAAGAAGUGGGGGAAGGGAACGUAGAGUAG